UUGACAGCGAUCACACUGCUUUUUAUUGGCCAGCUUCUCGGUCACGUGGUACGCGGCGACAAUUUCGGUAUAAAAGAGGACGCACACUGUCACAUCUACAAUCCGAUUUCCACAAACUGAAACCAUGAAAUUCGUGCUGGUCUGCUUUGUUGCGUGCAUGGUGCUGGUCGGAGCGACGGCCGAAGGCGCUGGCGGAGACUGCCCCACCAUCUGCCCUCUGCACUACGCACCAGUUUGCGGCAAGAACAGCAACGGCGAAUCGCGCACCUUUUCCAACGAGUGCGGCAUGAGGGCCCAAAACUGCAAUGGCAAAAAUGAUUUCGUCGAAGAGAAAAAGGGCGCCUGUUAACAACACAUCUUGACAUUCCGGACGAUGCUCCUAAUUGCAUUUAUUUUGACGUGUGAUUUAUUCAAUAAAGAGAGAUUUAAAUAAUUACCAGAAUUAAAAAAUUUGGUUUAUUUUCACGGAGAAACCCUGAAUGAAUUUGAGACCUAGUUGUAUUGCGAUAUAUUUUGGCAAAUGUGCGGCAGCGGCGUAGAGCCCCUCUGCCUGCUGAUCUCGUGUACGCUUAAGUGUUGGUCAAUAAAAGCCAAUCUAGGCGAAACCGACGGAUGCGCUCCGACUCAGAUCACCAUUGGUGGAGCCUCUGAUUGGCACUAAAAGAAAAAGAUGCUCCCCUCACAUUGUUUAUUUCUCGGACAGAACUCCACUACUCAAGCAUGAGUCCGUACAUAUUUUUCGUUCUUGGCCUGCUGUUGCUGGUGGCCUGCGCAGGACGGGCAAAGGACCGCUACAAUAUCAGGGACACGAGCAUGGCCGAUUGUCCGUCGGUCGGCUCCUGCAACCCGAGCCACAAGCCUCUCUGCGCCAGGAAUUCGCACGGCAGCGUCCGCUCCUUUUCCAACCCCUGUGUCAUGAAGGUGGUCAACUGCAAGGAUAAGACAGAUUAUGCGCGAAUACGGAAAGGAUUUUGUUGAACACUCUGGCCGCCGCACAAGUGACGAAGAAUCUGUCUUAAUAACGUAGAAUUUAUUAAGUUAUUGCCAUUUUGUACUGUUUUUAGGUUUUAAAACCUUUUCUUUAUAGCUGUAAUUUUUGAGGGGUUCCGCAUUAGUUUGGAAAAAUAAAUUGUAAGUGGCCAAAAAUGCUUUAAAUGCUGCGUGUACGUCUAAAUCAGCAGUUUUUUUUAGAAGGAAAUAAAUCUAGUGAAAAAUAAUCCAGAAUUUUACAAGAGAAAAAUGAAUACUAUCACUUUAAAGACUAUUUUUCACUAGACUUCAAUUUUAUUUUAACUCACACAUGACUGAUUUUUAGCAACACAAGAAACGAUCAGGCUGCGUGAAUACGUGGAUGUAUAUAUUGUACCAUUUUUGCAUCGCAUAUAUUAAAGCAGAAGGAACAAAAAGAAAACGUUCGUUUGGAUUUUUACUCGACGGUUUUCCUCGUUGCUAGACGAAAGAGUUGAUCCUGCAGUACAGACGGAUUUUGUUGGCACUAUACAGAGUAAACAGAACGCACAUGACGACGAGAAUCUUAAGCGGCUUUAUAGCCAAACAAACACUCACAAGGUCAAAUGAAAAAUCGUAAAAGUGGCACGUUGAAUUAUUUACAACGACUAAUUUGCGUUCAGAAGUUUUUAGUCAAUUACGUGACCGAGGUAAUGUUUACCCAAAAUGACACAUCAACAACUCAAUUAGAUUCAGAUAAGGCCGAGGUUGAUAAAGUGUGCGUCGCGCGCAGUUAAUAAGUGGGAAAAUCUCGAUCCGUCUCAUAAGCUCUGGUGCUCGUCGACAGUGUGCUGAUUAUACAAAAUGAAACUGUUGGCAUUUUUCGUGGUCUUGGCCCUAAUGAUUGCGGCGGUGUUUGGCGGCGAGUGCUCCACGGCGUGCACUUCUGAAUACAGGCCGGUCUGUGGCAGAGAUGAUGCUGGAGAGGUGAAAACCUUCGCCACCAAAUGCAAUUUGGACGCAACCAACUGCCAGCAGAAAACGACUUACGAGUACGUUCGCGACGGAGUCUGCUAAUUGACUUGUCAAACCCACGCACAAAAAAAACGAACGAGGAAAAAAAGAAAAAGAUGCCUGACGUCAACAACGGCCGUGUAUUGAUUUAAUCGGCGCUUGGAGACAAGAGAAUUUGCAUGCCAAACAACACCAGAGAUCAAAAAGUGACCUUUAUUUAUUAGUGAACGUCAGAUCUCCUACUCCUACACUGUCACGGUUUCAAAUCAUGACAAUAAAAUUUGUUUUCGAGUGUA